GGGGGCGGGGGAGCCGCAGCCUCAGCCUUCCCCGGGCUGAGCGCCCGAGCUUUGUGCCGGCUCUUCUAUAUAUAAACCAGGCAGGAAUGUGCCCCGCAGUGGGUAGGAGGGAGGAGGAAAACCAGAGCGGGCUCAGCCAUGGCGCUCCACAUCGAUCCAGCCGAGGAGCCUCGGAUCUACCAGCAGACGCUUCUCCAGGACGGGCUUCGUGACCUACUGGACAACCACAAGUUCGUGGACUGCGUGCUGAAGGUGAAGGAGCAGGAGUUCCCCUGCCACCGGCUGGUUCUGGCCGCCUGCAGCCCCUACUUCCGAGCCAUGUUCCUGUCCAGCCUGGAGGAGAGCAAGACGCGGGAGAUCACGCUGGAGGCCGUGGAGCCGGAGACGGUGGGGCUGCUGCUGCGCUACCUCUACACGUCGGAGGUGCAGCUGAACGAGAGCAACGUGCAGGACAUCUUCGCCGCCGCCAACAUGUUCCAGAUCCCGUCCAUCUUCACCCUCUGCAUCUCCUACCUGCAGAAGCGGCUCGGCCUCAGCAACUGCCUGGCCAUCUUCCGUCUCGGCCUGAUGCUGGACUGCCCCCGGCUGGCCGUGGCGGCCCGCGACUUCGCCUGUCAGCACUUCGGCCUGGUCAGCAAGGACGACGACUUCCUGCGCCUGAGCGCCGAGGAGGUGGCCGCCAUCGUCUCCAACGACUCCCUCAACGUGGAGAAGGAGGAGGCGGUCUUCCAGGCGGUGAUGAGCUGGGCCGAACAGGAGCAGAGCCACCUCGAGGCCCUGCCCGGGGUCUUCGACUGCCUCCGCCUCCUCCUCAUACCCCGGGACUACCUGGAGGAGCAGGUGGAGGGGCACCGGCUGGUCAAGACUAGGCCCGAGCUCCUGGCCAAGAUCCAGCUGGCCAAGGACGCCCAGGACGGCAAAAGCCCUAAGGGGGCGCCAAAGAAGAAGGGGGGCAAGACCAAGGGUGAGAAGGAGAAGGAGGAGGAGGAAGAGGAGGCGCUGGGUGUCCUGAACGAUAACCUGCGCUUUGGCAUGUUCAUGAGGGACCUGGUCUUCAUGAUCAACGAGGAGGCCACAGUGGCCUACGACCCCGCCACCAACGAGUGCUACUUCGCCUCGGUCUCCGGUAAGGUCCCCAAGAACCACGCCAGCCUGGUCACCACCCAGAACCAGGUCUUUGUGGUGGGCGGCCUCUUUUACAGCGAGGACAACAAGGAGAACCCGCUGCACUCCUAUUUCCUGCAGUUUGAUCCUCUGGACUCUGAUUGGCUGGGGAUGCCUCCUCUGCCUUCGCCACGAUGCCUUUUCGGCCUGGGGGAGGCAGAAAAUGCCAUCUACGUCAUCGGAGGCAAGGAGGUAGCGGAAGGCGAGAGGUCGCUGGACACUGUGAUGUGCUACGAUCGACACACAUUUAAAUGGGGAGAAUCAGACCCACUUCCGUAUGACGUGUAUGGUCACUGUGUGGUUUCCCACAACGGAAUGGUGUACGUAAUAGGAGGGAAGGGAAAAAACAAGAAGUGCUUGAACAAAAUGUGUGUGUAUAACCCCGAGAGGUUCGAGUGGAAGGAGCUGGCCCCCAUGAAGACGGCCCGUUCCUUGUUUGGAGCGACGGUAUACAAAGACAAAAUCUGGGUGGCCGCAGGAGUCACUGACAGUGGGCUCACCGGGAGCAUCGAGGUGUACGAUUCAGCCACAGACAAGUGGGAAGAAGGCGUGGCGUUUCCCCAGGAGCGGAGCUCUCUCAGCCUGGUCCACCUGUCGAACUGUCUCUACGCCAUCGGUGGCUUCGCCAUGAUGGAAUCUGAAUCCGGAGACCUCGUACCGACCGAAAUAAACGACGUAUGGAAGUAUAACGAUGACAAGAAAGAAUGGUUUGGUGUCCUCCGCGAGAUUCCUUACGCUGCAACGGCAACCUUUCUUCCAGUUCGACUAAAUAUUUUACGGCUGAACAAGCUAUAACGGCAAAGACUGGUGUUCGCAUUGAAGGAUGUGGAAAGGGUACAAGGUAUUAUACUUGUAACCAAACAAUGGAAGAUGGGAAUUUAUGUAUUCUUUAUAAAACAUAAUUUGUCAAACUAUUGUUAAUAAUGAUUUAUUAUGUAACUACAUUUCCAAAAAAUUUAGUUCUGUUAAUUUGAGUGAUUCACACCAGUGAAGUUCUCAUGAUGAUGUAAAUUAAAUGAUCUUUUAAAAGUAGAUUAAUGUUUAUCCAUAAAGUAGAUUUGUUAAAUAUGAACAUAAGAAAUAGGAUCAGGAGUUGACCAUCUGGCCUAUCGAGCAUUCUCUGCCAUUCAAUGAGAUCAUAGCUGACCUGGUCUUGGACUCAGAUCCACCUCCCUUUCGUUUCCCCAUAACCUGUAAUGCCUCUGCUAUGUAGAACUCUUGUCAGACUGUAUCUUAAAUAUACUUAACGAGGUAGCCUGUAUUGCUUCCCUGGGCUGAGAAUUUUUACAGAUUCACCACUCUCUGGGAAAAGCAGUUUCUCCUCAUCCUCCCUCUAAAUCUGUUCCCCUGAAUCCCAAGACUGUCCCCUAAUUCUAGUCUCACCUACUGGUGGAAACAACUUUUUUGUCUCUAUUUUAUCUAUCCCUUUCAUAAUUUUAUGUUUUUAAAAGAUCCCCUCUCAGUCGUCUUUGUUCAAUGUUAUUAGAGGAACAAUUCUUUGUUACUACCAGGAUACUACCAAUAUUACUAAAGUCAGAUCAGAAUCAGGUUUAUCAUAACUGGCAUGUGUCGUGAAAUUUGUUAAUUUAGCUGCAGCAGUACAAUGCAAUACAUGGCAAUAUAGAAAUAAUAAAACAGUAAGUAAAUUACAGUAAGUGCAAAAACAGAAGUAAUAUAUAUAUUUUCUUUAAGAGUGAGGUACUGUUCAUGAGUUCAAUGCCUAUUUAGGAAUCGGUUGGCAGAGGGGAAGAAGCUGUUCCUGAAUCGCUGAGUGUGUGCCUUCAGGCUUCUGUAUCUCCUUCCUGAUGGUAACAAUGAGAAGAGGGCAUGGGUCUUGGGGGUCCUUUAUAAUGGAUGUCGCCUUUCUGAGGCACUGCUCCUUAUAGAUAUCUUGGAUGCUGCAAAGCUAGUACCCAAGAUGGAGCUAAUUUUACACCUUUCUAUAGCUUCUUUCGACCCUGUGCAGUAGCUUCCCCCCACCCCAUACCAGACAGUCAGAAUGCUCUUUACAGUACAUCUUUAGAGGUUUGAAUGUUUUAGGUGACAAACAAGAUCUCUUAAAACUUCUAAUGAAAUAUAGUGGCUGUCUUGCCUUCUUUAUAGCUGCAUCGGUGUAUUCCAACCAGGUUUGAUCCUCAGAGAUUUUGACACCUAGGAACUUGAAAAUUGCUCUCAGUCCACUUCUGAUCCCUCUGCGAGGAUUGGUGUGUGUUCCUUCAUCUUACCCUUCCUGGUCCACAAUCAGCUCUUUAGUCUUACUGACGUUGAGUACAAAGUUGUUGCUGUGACACCAUUCAAAUAGCUGGUGUAGCUCUCUCCUGUACGCUCUCUCAUCUCCAUCUGAGAUCCUGUAUCAUCAGCAAAUUUAUAGAUGGUUUUUGAGCUAUGCCUAGUCAUGGGUAUAGAGGGAGUAGAGCAGUGGGCUAAACACACAGCUCUGAGGUGCGCCAGUGUUGAUCUUCAGUGAGGAGACAUUGUGAGGAGGAGGAGACUGUGGUCUUCUGGUUAGGAAGUUGAGGAUCCAGUUGAUCAGGACUGUGGGAAUGAUGGUGUUAAACACUGAGCUAUAGUUAACAGCAUCCUGACACAGGUGUUUGUAUUGUCAAGGUGAUCUAAGGCUGUGUGAAGAGCCAUUGAGAAUGCAUCUUUCAUAGGCCUAUUGUGACAAUAGGCAAAUUGCAGUGGGUCCAGGCUCUUGCUAAGGCAUGAGUUGAUUAUUGCCAUAACCAACCUCUCAAAGCAUUUCAUCACUGCAGAUCUGAGUGCUACUGGACGAGUCAUUAAGGCAGCUCACAGUACUCAUCGCAGGCACUCGUUUAAUUGUUGCCAUUUUGAAGCAGGUGUUAACUUCUGACUGUAGCAAUGAGAGAAAGAUACUGUUUGUCACAACAUAAAUUGAAAAUAAUAACUUAAAUACACAAAGAAUUUUUAUAUAACAUUUUAAAUGGACAAAAUCACAGAAGUGGCCAUUAAAUCUGCUCAUGGACAAUCCUUUAUCUCAACAUCACAUUCCUGGACUCUCCGUGUCUUGGAUACCAUUUGCAUUCAGAAACCUAUUGAUCUUCUUGCCCUCUGGAGCUCUCCAUAUAAAUCCUGCAGGUUCAUCACCGAACAAGUGAAGAAAUCUCUCAUCUGUCCUGAAUCGUUGCCUCUCAAGACUCCAGGUUCCUGAAACAAGUCCCCAGAAAACCUCCUGACCUCUGCCAGGUGGAUUAUCUUUCUCACACCCAGUCUGUGCAGAUAUAGAGCCACAGGGCUCUUCAACACUCCUUUUCCAUCAAGUACUGAAUACUUCAUCCCUGUUAAUCCCAUUUGCUAACAAUUGGUUGGUAGCCUUGGAAAUUCACAUGUUUUAUUCAAUGUUGUGAGUUUCUACAUGCACCAUUUUCAGACAGGGUAAUCCAGGCUGUAACUAUCCUCUAAACCUUUUAUUCCUCACUUCAAAUCUACAAUGGACUUGAGACACCUUCAUGAUGGGAAAAGGUCCCCAACAAUCUAUCCUGUACAUCUUGAAAGCCUUCAUGUUUCUCCAACCCCCUCAGUCUCCUCCAUUCCAAGGAAAACAUGCCAACUCAUUCAGUUUUUCCUCUGAACUAAAGCACUCCAUCCCAGCAGAUGUCUAAGUGAAUCUCCUCAGCACCCUCUGUAGUACAGCCACAUCCUUCCUACAGAGUGGUGACCAACACUGCAGAAAGUAUUCCAGGUGUGGUCUAACCAUUGUUUCCUAAGAUUGUACAGUCACUUCCAUGUUCUUAUACUCUAUUCUUGGCUAAUGACAUCCUGUAGAACAUUGGACAUUGCAGCACACUACAAGCCCUUAGGCCAAUGUUGUGCAGUCCUUUUACCCUACUCUUAGGAUCUAUCUAACACCUCCCUCUUACAUAACCCCGUGUCUUUCUGUCAACUUUGAGCCCAUCUAAGAAUUUUUUAAAUGUCUCUAGCUUAUCUGCCUCUACCACCAACCCUUGCAAGGUAUUUAUUCCAUAUACCUACCACUUUUUGUGUAUAAAAAGAACACUGCCCCAGACAUCCUCCCAACAACACAGACAAAAUGCUGGUGGAACUCAGCAGGCCAGGCAGCAUCUAUGGAAAAAAGUAUUUUUCUUCCAAAAAUCUUUAAAUUAUGCCUCCUGGUUUUAGCCAUCUUUUUCCCUGGGAGUAAGUUUCUGGCCAACCACUUGAUCUUAUCAUCUUGUACAUCUCUAUCAAGUCACCUCUCAUCCUACUUUGCUGCAAAGAGACAAGCCUUAUGUCACUCAACCUAUCCUCAUACGACAUGCUCUCCAAUCUAGGCAGCAUCCUCUCCAAAGCUUCUACAUCCUUCCUAUAAUGAGGUGACCAGAAAUGAACAAAACACUCUUCAGUUUGAUCUUACCAGGGUUUAAUAGAGCUGUAACAUUACCUUGUGGCUCUUGAACUCAAUCCCCCAACACAUUCACCUUCUUAAACACUUUUAUCAGCUUGCCUGCAACUUUGAGGGAUCUAUGGACGUGGACCUCAAGAUCCCUCUGUUCCUCCACACUGCUAAGAAUCCAGCCAUUAACGCUGUAUUCUGCCUUCCAAAGUGAAUCACUGAACAGUUCUCAGGUUGAACUCCAUCUGUUACUUCUCAGUCCAACCCAUGACAAUCUUCUACGCUGUCCACAACUCCACCAACCUUUGUGUCAUCUCACUCACCUUCCAUCUAACAAUUUACUCUGCUGCUGGCUUAAGGAAACCUUUGGACACACAUACUAAGGUCCUCUGCUCCUCAAUGCUCGCUAGAGUUUAAUUUUUGAAGGGGUAACCAAACUUUGAUUGAAGACUGCCCAUGUGGACUUCAGUAAGGCUGUUGACAGGGGAAGGUUCAAGUUAAAUUACCAUUCAGCAGUACAUGAAUACAGACAAAUGAUACAGCAUUCCUCUGGGACAAAGGUGCAAAACACAUUACCAACAGCGCACUGCAUGUGGUUAUGAUUUCAGAAAAAGGCGUCACUAAGAGAAUGAAAGUCCCCACGUGGCAUGAGCAGGCUGAUGGAAAGUUGUCCUGGUCCAGCUUGUUUUUCCACCGAGUGAACACCAGAGGUCAGCACCACCUCUGUGAUCCCGCUGCCUCAGACAACAAGCUAGUUGAGAGGAGAGAAAGGGAUUGGAAAGGAGAGAGAAACAUUCUUGCAUUUACAAUAGAUUCCGGUUAAUCGCAACCAGUACAUUUUGGCCUGAUUAAGUGGUGGCCCCAAUUAACCAAAAUUUCAUAAGAAUAGUUAAAGACAACCUAUUGUUUGACUGAGCAACAAAUUAUGUAUUCAAAUGAAGUACAGAUUAGAACACCAUCUAUACUACCUCGGUACUACAAAACUCUGCAUUGGUUCCUAAUUGUUAUCGAUAGAAGAAUUCAUCCAGAAUACCUGCGCACUACUGCACUUUUUGAUUGACUAAUGAGCAAAACCUAGUGUGGAUAAUGGAGUGCCUUGAUACAAUGCUAUCAACGAUUGCAUCCUCCAAAUCUUCAGUUUCUUUGUAACAUACAAGAUGUUUGACGAUACCUUCACUGUUCCUAACUUGAAAUAGUGAAAUCGUUUCAUUUUCACUUCUGGCUGUUUCUGGCACCUCCAAGUUUGAAUGCUUGAAACCACAGUGAGCAAAACAGUUUGGAAUUGUCUUUCUGCUCAUGUCUCACCAACUUAUCAGUGACAAACUCACUGAUUUUUGAAUACAAAUGCAUAUAACUGAUGCUAUUAAAAAAUUGGCAUUGUCUCCUGCCCCAAUUAAUUGGCAUAAUGUCCCAAAUAAACAAAUCCUAUUUUCUUCAUUAGUUUUUGUUAAGAGUUGCCCCAAUUAACUGGAAACCUCUACAUAUUGCACAUUUCAUAAUUAAAACCCUUUAGAGCCAAAAUUAAUAGCAGCUGGACCAAAUCUUCCUCAAAUAACAGUGUGAUAAUGAACGGAUAAUUUAUUAUAUUUACACUGAGUGAAGUGAUGCCAGAAUGAAGGAAAUGUUACAAGAACUCUCUCCUCCUCACCUUUAGCUUUGCUUAAUAGGAUCAUUUUGUUUUAACAUCCACUUUGGAGGGGAUGGUUGGAAAAGGGAAAGAGCUGGAGAAGAAGGAAUCUGAUAAGAAGGAGAGUGGACCAUGGGAGAGAGGGAAGGAAGAGGGCCACCAGGAGGAGGUUUUAGGCAGGUGAGAAGAAUUUAAGGAGGGGACAGAGUGUGAAUUGAAGAGGAAAGGGGGGGGGGGAAUUAACAGAAGUUGGAGAAAUCAAUGUUCAUGACAUCUAAUUGGAAGCCACUGAGACAGAAUAUGAGGUGUCACCCCUCCAACCUGAGAGUGGCUUCAUCGUGGCAGAAGAUUACUAGAGUAAUCUCAGGAGUUUAUGGAGAAUGGUGCUAAAACCAAACGUGAAUGGGCAGUUCUGUGGGCGAAAACGCCUUGUUAAUGAGAGAGGUCAGAGGAGAAUGUCUAGACUGGUUCAAGCUGAUAGGAAGGUAACAGUAACUCUGAUAACCACAAGUUACAACAGUGGUGUGCUGUAGAGCAUCUCUGAAUGCACAACACAUUGAACUUUGAAGUGGAUAGGCUACUAAAGCAAAAGAUCAUGAACAUACACUCAGUGGCCACUUUAUCAAGAACUCCUGUACUGAUAAACAAAUUUGAUUUACCUCCUGUACCUAAUAAAGUGGCCACUGAGUGUAUAGUUAAAAAAAAGACAUAAACCAUAUAUUUAUUAUAAUGAAAGGGUUUAUUUCUGUCAGGAAUUUAGACAGCAAAUCCUGAAUACACUAUACACUAAGCAAUACAUAAAUGACAGAUAUAGACCAGUAAUUGUAGCACCUAUUGACAUAAUCUUCCUUUAAACCACAAGAUUACAACAUUCUAUAUUAAUGCUAUAUACACAAGAUAACUAAGAUGUGUUUAUGUAGUAAAAUAUAGAAUUAAGAUACUUAUGACUGAUACACAAAUUUGAUUUUUUUCUUAAACCUAAUGCUUUACUAAACGGCCAAGCUAAAUUUUGGCCUCAAAUCCACUGAAUAUUAACUGUAGCAUUUCCCUAUGUUCAACAAGCUGUUUGCUACCUGAUUGAGGCUGUACUAUGCAGCGAGCAACAUUGGUACAAUCUCACUUCAAAAAAAAAAUCUCUCAGCAAGAUAGUGGAACACUACAGUACAAAGCAUCAUUUCUCCCUACCAACCCCUCCCCUCCCCUCCCCCGGACCAACCAACCCCCUCUGGUCUGUGUAGAAAGGGCCAUUAAAUAGGGAUAAGGUGCAAGAUUUCAUGGUAAAAUUAGCUUACCUAAGUGAAGCACAUGAAUAAAUUUAUCCAUGAUAUUGUUCAGUACUGCUACAGUUAAAUGCUCCAAUUCAAUAUUAAUCCUCACCUUUCAACUCUGACCUUCGAAUUUAAAUGCCUACGAAUUUAAAGAAACCUUUAAGUGUAACUCAUCCAAACCUUGAACUGAUUCAGCCUCAGGAGUCGGCAGACAGCAG